UGUUGUGGUUCACUGCAGGUUCAUUGCUUUCAUGAGGUGUCUCCAUGAGGUGCAGUGAAGUGUCCUCAUCGGUCUUGAUCAGGAUGGAUCUCGGCCUCAUGAGAAGCUGGGUUGGGCUCUUUAGCCCACGUGUUUUACUACUGUAGUCGGCUAAGAGAUUCGACCAUGGAUCUUGUGCUGAAUGUUGCAGACUAUUAUGUCCUCACCCCAUAUGUGUUCCCUGCAUCGUGGCCUGAAGACGGGGCCUUGCGGCAGAUCAUCAGCCUGUUGGUGCUGACCAACCUCGGGGCUGCAGUCCUGUACCUGGGCUUGGGAGCCGUCAGCUACUUCUUCAUUUUCGACCACAAUCUGAUGAAACACCCACAGUUCUUAGAGAAUCAGGUUCAGAGGGAGAUCAAAUAUGCUAUGACCUCUCUUCCCUGGAUCAGCAUACCCACGGUGGCCUUGUUUUUUGCUGAAGUUAGAGGAUACAGCAAACUGUACGACAAUGUCAAUGACUCUCCGCUGGGUUGGCCCGGGCUCUUCUUGAGUAUGAUCUCCUUCCUGUUUUUCACUGACAUGUGUAUCUACUGGAUUCAUCGGUUCCUGCAUCAUAAGCUUAUUUACAAGCUGUUUCACAAACCGCACCACAUAUGGAAGAUCCCCUCUCCCUUUGCCAGCCAUGCCUUUCAUCCAGUAGACGGCUUCAUGCAGGGACUCCCAUAUCACAUCUACCCCUUCCUCUUCCCCCUCCACAAGGUUCUCUACUUGGCCCUGUACAUUUUCGUCAACAUCUGGACCAUCUCUAUCCAUGAUGGGGACUAUCGCGUGCCCAGAGUUCUGACGGGUGCCAUCAACGGCUCAGCUCACCACACUGACCACCACCUCUUCUUCGACUACAACUACGGCCAGUACUUCACUCUGUGGGACCGCCUGGGAGGCUCCUACAGGCAUCCAUCGGCUCUGAUGGGGAAGGGUCCCCAUGAUCUGAUCCGGAAGCUUCAAGCUGAGGGAAAGUUGGGAGAUGACAGAGUGAAGGCUAAAGGGCAAGUGAAUGGACAUGCUCAGAGAGGAGCCACGUGUAAGGAGGAGUAACAGUAGGGGAAGUUACGAUUAAUUGCUGAAAGUGAUCUCUAUUUUUUUAAGACAAUGUGCAGCUGGAAAUCAUAUUUGAAGAAUAAUUUGAGUUUCUGUAUUGCCAAAUAAGCUGUUGUGAGAUUUUAAUUCUAGUAAAUAAGAUGCAUGUAAGAUGGUUUCCCUUGGAUUGAUUUCAUGAGGAGCAAGCUUUGGGAUUGCUACAUUUUUUGACGUAGCAAUCAAUAGACAAGGAGCAGACUGACACCCAGAGUUGGCGUUACCGUCUUACAGUGCUAGUAAUUGAAAUGGGGUGAUAAAGUGACUCUUUUUUGUAUACGCCACAGAAGAGUUUUUGGUGUUUGCAAACCAAGAAACACCAGAGCCAAAAGACUUGAGGAGCAUCAAAAGGCUGGAGCUGCUACAGUAUCACAGAAUGACACUAACUGAGUGGAAGUUUCACUUCAUGAUUGAGACCUGGGACUGGUGUCACAAGGAUUGUUUUUCACAGAUAAAAUAGAGUUAACAAGCAGUUCUUUGUUGUAAGUUCAGACUGAAUCGUUAAAACGUGGCAAACUAACAACUGCUUCAAAAGAAAUAUUGCAAUAACAACAAUGUUCUUAAUUGUGGACAUACUGUAUAAGAUAAAAAAUGUCACAUACAUAUUAAUUGCACAGUUCAUGUCUUCUCUGUGUUUGUUGAGAUGAUUGCAUCAUCCGUAUGAGAAUAAAAGACCUUCACUCCCA